AGCUACAGCUGGACCACUCCUUUAAGUGCACGGCACGCAUGCGUGUUGCCCUCUUUUCCGGUGGUGAUAAUGGCGGGUGUAGAAGAGAAGAAGGUACCUGCAGUUCCCGAAAGCCUUUUGAAAAGGCGAAAGGCCUUUGCGGCCAUGAAGGCCAGGCGCAUCAAGAAGAUGCUUUCUGAAAAAAAGGUGCGCAAAGAGAAGAGAAAGAUCAUAUACAAGAGAGCUGAGUCUUACCACAAAGAGUACAGACAAAUGUACAGGCGCGAGAUCCGCUUGUCCAGAAUGGCCCGCAAAGCUGGAAACUACUACGUACCUGCUGAACCCAAGUUGGCCUUUGUGAUCAGGAUCCGAGGUAUUAAUGGUGUCAGCCCCAAGGUGCGUAAAGUGCUCCAGCUUCUCCGACUCCGCCAGAUCUUCAACGGUGUCUUUGUGAAGUUGAACAAGGCUUCCAUCAACAUGCUCAGGAUUGCUGAGCCAUACAUUGCAUGGGGUUACCCCAAUCUGAAGUCUGUGCGCGAGCUGAUCUACAAACGUGGUCACGGAAAGAUCAACAAGCAACGUAUUCCUCUGGUUGACAAUGGCCUAAUUGAGAAAAAUCUUGGCAAAACUGGCAUCAUCUGUACUGAAGACCUGAUCCAUGAAAUCUACACAGUUGGAAAGAACUUCAAGGCUGCGAACAACUUCUUGUGGCCCUUCAAACUGUCUACUCCACGUGGUGGAAUGAAUAAGAAGACCACACAUUUUGUGGAAGGUGGUGAUGCUGGCAACAGGGAGGACCAGAUCAACAGACUCAUCAGGAGAAUGAACUAACGAGAUAUUCUACAGAUGAUCUAUCAUGCACCGGUCUGUUAAAAAUUAAACUUGACAAAAAAGGAAAA